CAACAUCUCAAAUAACGAGUUGCCUCUGAAAUAUAAAUCCCCAUGGUCGCGCACGCUUCUUGACAUCCACCCAACAACUAACUUCAGCAAACCUUACCUAAAACCGUCACAGUGAAGCUCUUCUUCGCUGCCGUUCUCGUCUUCGCAUCUUACCUCUCUAUGUCCUUUAUCUCUCGACUUAUUCGACCAUUCAGCGCAAUGUCUUCACCACCCACACCACAGACCUACCCAGCUGGGUCGCAGACAGCUACUAUAGCUGCAGGAUGUUUCUGGGGUGUUGAGCACAUCUAUCGGAAGACUUUCGCGAACAAAGGCUUGAUUGACGCGAAGGUGGGAUACAUUGGCGGCGACAGCAAGAACCCAAGCUACAGGAGUGUAUGCAGCGGUCGGACAGGACAUGCCGAAGCCCUCCAAGUUAUUUAUGACCCCGAGAAAGUCACUUAUCGCCAAUUGCUCGAGUUCUUCUACAAGAUGCACGAUCCCACCACCGCAAACCGGCAAGGUCCAGAUGUAGGAUCCCAAUACCGGAGUGCUAUAUUCUACAAUAACGAGGAGCAAGAGAAGAUCGCCCACGAUGUGACGUCCAAGGUGAACAAGGAGUGGUGGAAGGGGAAGGUCGCCACUGAGGUUCUCCCUGCAGGAGAGUGGUGGGAUGCGGAGAAGUAUCACCAGCGCUACUUGGACAUGAAUCCUUCGGGUUACGAGUGUCCAUCCCAUUUCGUUCGCAAGUUUCCUGCGCUCUCCGAGUGAGGAAUCCUUUCAAUCUCUGCGUGUUUAAACUAGCGAUAAGAUAAUGACAUAAAUUUUUUAUUCCUG